CUUCCUUCUCGGUGCGGACUUCCUGACACGGGAGAGAACAGAAAUAACUUAGAUAUUCAAAAUCUUAGCCCAUUUACUUUUGACGUUAGUUCGUUUUCGCGUUUUAAACCGGUUAACGUGGCUAACGCUCAUAAUGACUUAGCUCGUGCGGUUGUCAUGGUAACUGUCGGCUAAAUGUACCCCACCACGGCUAGCUAGCUAACAGCCUAGUGUUUAGGCUGAUGGUCCCAGGAUGAGGAGACUCACGAAGAAGAAGGCAUUGACUCUGGUGAAGGAGCUGGACGCUUUUCCUAAAGUGCCCGAGAGUUAUGUGGAGUCCACAGCCAGCGGUGGGACUGUGUCUUUGAUAGCUUUCUCCUUCAUGGCUGUCCUGGCCUUCCUGGAGUUCUUUGUGUACAGAAACACAUGGAUGAAGUAUGAAUAUGAGGUGGACAAAGACUUCAGCAGCAAACUUAAAAUAAAUGUGGACAUCACAGUGGCCAUGAGAUGCCAGUAUAUCGGUGCAGAUGUUCUGGAUCUGGCAGAGACCAUGGUCGCCUCUGAUGGUUUAAAAUAUGAACCAGUUAACUUUGAGCUACCGCCAGAGCAACGACUGUGGCACAUGACUCUUCUACACAUUCAGGAGCGUCUGAGAGUGGAGCACUCUCUGCAGGACGUGCUCUUCAAGACGGCAAUGAAGGGACCUCCUCCUGCUUCGAGUCACAGAGAGGACAGCACCAGUUCCCUCACUGCCUGCAGGAUCCACGGUCACCUUUAUGUCAACAAAGUGGCAGGAAAUUUCCACAUUACUGUUGGCAAGUCCAUCCCACACCCCAGAGGUCAUGCUCAUCUCGCCGCAUUGGUUAGCCACGACUCUUACAACUUCUCCCACCGGAUUGACCACCUGUCUUUUGGAGAAGCCAUUCCUGGACUUAUCAACCCUCUGGACGGCACGGAGAAAAUCGCCCCUGAUUCUAACCACAUGUUUCAGUACUUCAUCACCAUUGUGCCCACCAAGCUGAACACCUACAGACUGUCUGCAGAAACACAUCAGUACUCGGUCACAGAGCGUGAACGAGCGAUAAACCACGCUGCAGGCAGCCAUGGAGUCUCAGGGAUCUUUAUGAAAUACGAUAUCAGCUCGUUGAUGGUCAAAGUCACCGAGCAGCACAUGCCUCUCUGGCAGUUUCUUGUGAGACUCUGCGGCAUCAUCGGAGGCAUUUUCUCCACGACAGGAAUGAUCCACAGCAUGGUGGGAUUCUUGGUUGAUGUCAUUUGCUGUAAGUUCCAACUGGGAGCCUACAGCCGUCUGAAUGAUUCUCUGACCGCACAGGGAGGUGGUCAAUCUGUGCUUCCUCCAGGAGAUUACUCUCAGUAAUGAGACCACCGCUCUCAUUCUGACCCACAAACGAUGACGGCAAAAUGUUUACUGUGACCCGGUUUUGGAAUCUUCUAAAACUUUGGUGGCUCCGAGACGUGACGGUUCAUCAUUACCUCCACCAAUACCAACUUUCUGUUCUCGUCACUGGGAAGCUGCUCUGAAAAUGUCCACACUGAUGGUUCCAGUGGGCUUAUUUUACACCCCCCAGUUAUUUAUUUAGUCUAAUUUGAGGUGCACAGUUGACCUCUCGACGUCACAGUUUAGUUUUAGAUGUACAUUUAAAACAGCUGAACUUCUUCAGAAUCUUGUGUUCAUCGUCUGACGACCUGAAACUUUACACUGAAAUGUCUGAACUGAGAAAAAGAAAUAAACGGUG